GCCAGCCGCAACGGAAAGCCAGUCGGCCGCCAAUCCGCCAUGCGAUGGCAGCUUCGCCACACACUGCUAGCCUCUCCCCUCACAUCAGUGAUCAGAACCGCACUUGACCCGACGCAGCCACCAUCCGCUCGCUCUGUUCCAUCCCACGCCCGCCCGGCCGGAAACGACAGCUCCGGCUGACGGGAGCCGCACCACCGGCCGGGCACUACUACGGCACCACCGCCGUACGCCACGCGAGUAACCACGAGCAACCGCGCCAACCACAAAGGCAGGAGGGGAGUGAUUGCGAGAGCCCCACCGGCGUAAACGCGCGCCCGCGAGCCCCACCGCCGGCUUGCUCGCGCGCACCCCCGGCACAGCACAGCACAGCGCGCAGCACCCGUGGUCGAUAUCCACAAACCCACCGCAGCAGCAAGCCGCAGCAGGCGCUGCUCCUCUGUUCUGUCGCUAGCUAUCUUAGCUGGUGUCCUACUUGUCCUCCAAUCCAGAUAGGGAGGGGAUACAGGAUAGAUCGAUGGCGGCGGCGUCGGGGGCGGCGGCGAUGCUGUGCGGGAAGGAGGAGAAGGUGCUGGGCGCGCGGAAGGCGCCCGGGAGCUGCCCGUACUGCGGCGGCGGGGUGGCGGCCACGGACGUGGAGGCCACGUGGGUGUUCUGCUGCCUCCCGCUCUGCCGCAGGGCCAAGCGCCGAUUCGCCUGCACCGCCUGCGCCAGGCGACUCGUCUCCUACCCGGCCAUCCUGCACGACGACUAGCCAGCCAGCCAGCCAGAGGAGACCGGCCGGCCCCGUCCGUCCGUCCUGCCUCUCUUCCCUCAGCUCUCCCCCCGCGUUGUCGUCUUCGUCUCCGAUCUGCUGGUGGGGAUUGUCGACCCGUUUUCUUCGACCCGUUUUUGUAACAAGUUGAACUAUGUUUUCGGCAGCAUUGUUAGCGACCGAGCAGUCCAUUGUCAGCGCGGGCAUCCAUGAUGAUUUUUUUUAAUGUUUUUGGUGGUGUGUCUUCUCUUGGGGGUAAUGAUGCAUGAGAUCGCCCGUGCCCCGUGUGGCUAAGUUUUACGAGCAUCUUGCGCGUGUUCUUCUGUCGUCUUCGCACAAACUGAAAGAUGCAAACAAAAUACAGAAAUUCAGGCUUAUUUGCA